AUGUUUGGUUGUGUUGUUACUGGCAGAUUGAUUCAGAGUGAACCCCGUCAAGUUAGCCAGACACAUUUCGUUUUCGAUAUACCCAAUGCAGAUAAUGUGAAUCAUGUAGUCAUAUUUUUAUUGGGGACGAUUCCAUUGCCUGAUGGCUUUGGCGCUUCCAUAUUCUUUUGUUGGCCAUCACCUAAUUCUGAGCCCGUAUGGCAAUUACUUGGCUACAUCUCAAAUCAGAAACCUAGUGCAAUAUUCCGAAUUGCUAAAGCCAAAGAUAAUUCUCUUUCUAACCAGACUAAUACAUUUUCAGUACCUAAUCAAUUUAUCAAUAACAACAUUGCUCAAAUUGGAUUGUCAAUAGAGCGGUUGGAUGAGUUAAUGCAACAAACCCCUGUCAGUGGUGCUAUGCCUUCCAAUUUGGAUUCUUUUGCUCAGUUCACCAAUAAAAUGUUGGAAAACUUUUGUAAUUACGCUACCUCUUUUGCUGUUACACAAGCACAAAUGAUGCCUGGCUCUAACCAUGCAUAUGUUCCUGUGGAAGUAGUACAAAGGUGGUUUGAAAAUUUUCAAAAACGAAUGGCCGCUAAUCCAAAUUUUUGGAAAUCUUAA